GCUCCACAGCGGAGGCAGCCCGGAUCAUCUAUCCCCCCGAAGCUCAGACCAUCAUUGUCACCAAGGGCCAAAGCCUCAUCCUGGAGUGUGUGGCCAGCGGGAUCCCCCCACCGCGGGUCACCUGGGCCAAAGACGGCUCCAGCGUCUCUGCGUACAACAAGACACGCUUCCUGCUCAGCAACCUCCUGAUUGACCCCACGAGUGAGGAGGACUCGGGGACCUACAGCUGCAUGGCUGACAAUGGGGUUGGGGAGGCCGGAGCUGCAUUCAUCUUCUACAAUGUGCAGGUGUUCGAGCCCCCGGAGGUCACCAUGGAGCUGUCCCAGCAGAUCAUUCCCUGGGGCCAGAGCGCCAAGUUCACCUGUGAGGUGCGAGGGAACCCCCAGCCCUCCGUCAUGUGGCUGCGCAACGCCGUCCCCCUCUCCGCCAGCCACCGGCUCCCGAACAGAUGGCAGCAGUUUUGCCUCUCAGUGCAGUGCCAUAUCUGCAUACCUGAGUUAUCUCUACGAGCCACACUCAACCCCGGGCGAGAAGCCUGGCUGGGCUCAGCUCAGCCUCCGACCCCACCUUCCAGGGACAGUGCCUUAAAGCUGCCCCUGGAUAAAGCGGGACUGCCAAAGGCUGGGACCACCCCGCUGGCAGCGUCUCCACAGUGCACAGCCAACAGGGAGCUGGUGUCUCCAGCCGAGGCCCCCAUCAUCCUCAGUUCUCCCCGGACAUCCAAGACGGACAGCUACGAUCUGGUGUGGAGACCCCGGCCGGACAGCAGAGCCCCCAUCCUCUAUUACGUGGUGAAGCACCGCAAGGUCACCAACGCCUCGGACAGCUGGGCAGUGAGGGAUGUCCCAGCCUCGCAGCACCGCCUGACCCUCACCAGGCUGGACCCUGGGAGCCUCUACGAGGUGGAGAUGGCCGCUCACAACUGUGCCGGCGAGGGACAGACGGCCAUGGUGACCUUCCGGACUGGUAAAGGCCGGCGCCCAAAACCAGAGAUUGUUGCCAGCAAAGAGCAGCAAAUCCAGAGGGAUGACCCAGGCACAAGCACCCAGAGCAGUAACCAGUCUGACAACAGCCGUCUGUCCCCUCCAGAGGCACCAGACCGUCCAACCAUCUCCAUGGCAUCAGAGACAUCUGUCUAUGUGACCUGGAUCCCCCGAGGGAACGGCGGGUUCCCCAUCCAGUCUUUCCGUGUGGAAUAUAAGAAAUUGAAGAAGCUGGGAGACUGGGUCCUGGCCACCAGUGACAUUCCUCCCUCUCGCCUCUCUGUGGAAAUCCCAGGCCUGGAGAAAGGCACAUCCUAUAAAUUCCGUGUCCGGGCACUGAACAUCCUGGGAGAGAGCGAGCCCAGUGCGGCGUCUCGGCCAUAUGUGGUGUCUGGGUACAACAACCGAGUCUAUGAGCGCCCUGUGGCCGGGCCGUACAUCACCUUCACAGAUGCCAUCAACGAGACCACCAUCAUGCUGAAGUGGAUGUAUAUCCCAGCCAGCAACAACAACACUCCCAUCCAUGGCUUUUACAUUUACUACCGCCCCACGGACAGCGACAAUGACAGCGACUACAAGAAGGACGUGGUGGAAGGAGAUCGGUACUGGCACUCCAUCAGCCACCUGCAGCCAGAGACCUCGUAUGACAUUAAGAUGCAAUGCUUCAACGAGGGUGGUGAAAGCGAGUUCAGCAACGUGAUGAUCUGUGAAACCAAAGCUCGGAAGGCCCUUGGUCUGCCAGGUCGUCUUCCGCCCUCAACAGUGGCCCCUCAGCAGCGUCCCCCACUCAGUGGUGGGCACGGCGGCCUGGGCACAGGAGCCAUGGUGGCCCGUUCCAGUGACUUGCCGUACUUGAUUGUAGGCGUUGUGCUGGGCUCUAUUGUACUCCUCAUCGUGGCCUUCAUCCCCUUUUGCCUUUGGAGAGCCUGGUCCAAGCAGAAGCAAACCAUUGACAUGGGCUUCCCAGGAGCUGGGCUGCUGGUGUCAUCCUGCCAGUACACCAUGGUGCCUCUGAGGGGCAUCUCUGCUCCUCGUGCCAAUGGACAUCCCUACGUUAAUGGGCAGCCCUACGCCAAUGGGGCACAUCUGAACGGCAUCUGCCCCUCUGCAGGAGUGGGCUAUGCAAGCACCAAGCCCCGAGAUUACAGUCCAGAUGAAGUGCCACAGUCACACGAAGAGACCAAUGCCUUGCUGCAGGCGCGGGUGCUGCAGAACGGGAAUGCCCAGCAAGACUACCAGCCCUCCAGACUGCCCAACUCAAGAACAGAAGACAGCUCUUUUCUCUACAGUCUCCCAGAUGACUCCACUCACCAGCUUCUCCAGCCACAAGAUGACUGUCCUCAUCUUCAGGAGCACUUUGUUGGCCUCCAUCAUCCAGUGAUGGGCAGCAAAGUGGGAGGCCCUAGUCUGGAUGCUCGACGGGAUCCCCUGUUCCACCAAGGAAGCCCUUGCUGCCUAGGCCUAGUGCCAGUUGAAGAGGUAGAAAGACUAGACUGCUGCCAGUCCAGAGGAGAUCUCCAUCCCCCGAAUCCAGUGAUCACAUCUUUGGGUCAGGACCUACCAAGACACCUGAACAGCAGCCUGCCAGCACUGAGGCCCUCAGAGACUCAUUCUCCCACCAGCUAGGGACCAAGCUGCCUUCUGCAAAAGACUUAUUC